CCAACUUUGUCUGUUGCUAUGGCAGCCAAUGACCCCACUUCACUUGCAUGGGCCUCGGUUUUCUGACCAGCGAGAGUAGUUCUUCACGAAAAAUGUCAGCGCGGGUAUAAAAUAAAUAUGACUGCAUGCCACAUGAAAUAAGCGACUUCCACCAUCACUGGCCAGUCACCUGUUCCAUCCAAAUGCCACGAGCGCCAGCACGUGCACGAAACUAUCUAGCGCAGCGACGAUUUCCAGCGCUACGUAUUUAGCCAUUAACGUAUAGACAAACACAAGGUUGCUUUCCUUUGACAUCGACGCGCUAAAUAGCAGUGAAGAGCAACGUCUAACUAGUAUGAAGAGGCGAGGAGGAAAUCGCCGCGCCGCAAUAGCAGUCCUAGCCCUACUCCUAUUAGGACUCUCCACGUGUCGAUCGCAGCCGGGCGACGCGCUGACAGGCCAGCCCGCGGCUCUGUCCGUAGAAGCUGAAAGCGUCGAAACUUCGAGCGGCGGAAACGGCGGGAGCGGCGGAAGCGGCGGGGAUCCGUACUCGGACGACUGGGAGGAUCCGAUCCCCGGAGACCACCCUAGCGGGGAUGACACGAUAGUUGACACGUCAGAUGACGUCGAAGCGGAUGAUCCGCCGGGAAAUGCGGCGGUGCGUGGUGUUAUUCCUGGCGACCGCAAGCCGGGGGAUUUAGUACCGGGGGAGGAGGACGGGGUGGAUGGGGGAGCGGAAGCCGGGGGAGCGGAGACGUGGGAAGCGCAGGAGGAAGCGGCGGAGGAGGAGCCGGAAAAUCCAUGGGCGGAACCGGGGAGAGCGGAAGGUUCUUCCGCUGCUGUGGCGCAAGCGCAGGACUACCAGCCCGGCGAGGGGAAAGGGUUCGCGGAAGGGCCGAGCGGAAAGGGGAGGGCGGAAGAGGAGCCGGGCACUGAUUGGCCGACGGGGGAAGCGGGGGAAAGCGCGGAAGAGGAGGUAGGGGACGAGAGCGGGAGAGCGACUGCCCAGGAAGCUACUAACGCGGAUGGCGGCACUGGCGGAACAGAUGAGCGGAACUUUCGAGCGCAAGGGGAUGGGGAGGCGGAACAACCCGCGCAAGGGGACGCGUGGAGCUUCGCGGAAGAUCAACCUGCGGACGGCGCGGAACAAGGGGGAGAGAUGGGAGACCAGGGGGGACAGGGGGAAGGGGAAGGGGAAGGGGGAGCGGGAGCAGAGACGGGAGACAAUAGCGAAUAUUUUUUCCACGGCCAGGACCCAGAGGCGGACGAAUGGCAGAAGCGGAAACACGGAUGGCAGGAUGAGGAUUCUGGUAGUGGCUCUAACGACGCUAACGACGCUAACGACGCUAACCAGGCCAAUGACUCUAACGAGUCGAGUGACUAUAACGAAGCAGAGCAGACUCAAACGUCUGGGAGCCCCACUGAUGCAAGCCCUACCGAUGCAAACCCUACAGAAGGAAACCCUGGUGAGGGGGAUCCUAAUGCCGAACUAUUUUCUGACAACAAUCCCUUUUAUCAAGACACGGCUGCAGCAAAGAUGGCUGACGCAGCUACCACCGAACCUGACUCCGGAGCAGGUUCGGAAGGAUCCGUACCUGCCACUCCGGCGAGUGGCAGUUUCUCGGAGGGUUAUGAGAAGAUGGCGGGGGGGAAGAUUGGCGCGGAGGGCAUCAUUGGGAUCGUGCUGGGAGUGACCCUGGGAGCUGGCCUGUGUCUGCUUGUGGUGUGUGUGUGCUGGGUCCGGCAACGCAACAUCAACCGAGCCAAGGAGUCCGAAGCCAUGGCAGCUUAUGCAGAUGAUAACAGCGAGGAUGAGGACGAGGAAGGGCUAGAGGAAGCUGCAGAAACAGCACUGAUGGGGGGAAUAGUAGGCACACACAGGGCCUUGGAUAUUGAGGCACAGCAGGCAUUGAAAUCGUCUAAGCGAUGAUGAGGAUGAGGAAGGGCUUGGGGAAGCAGCAGAAACGGCGCUGAUGGGGGGGAUAGUAGGGACGCACAGGGCCUUGGAUAUCGAAGCACAGCAGGCAUUGAAGUCGUCCAAGCGAUGAAGAUAACAGCGAGGAUGAGGACGAGGAAGGGCUUGAAGAAGCAGCAGAAACAGCACUGAUGGGGGGAAUUGUAGGGAUGCACACACAGGGCCUUGGAUAUCAAAGCACAGCAGGCAUUGAAAUCGUCCAAGCGUUGACACUACCUGAUGGGCCGGCUCUUCUGGUAGUGGGUUGGGUUGUCAGUAGGCCUCUCUCCCAUGUACACUGGUACGGUAGAGUAGAAGCAAUAAUGGAAUGGUUAGCAUUGGUCACAGGAGCAUUAGCUCUCAGGUGAUUUGCGUCUUCGGUCAUUAAUUGUUCUUUUAGCAAGAAGGAAUAAGGCAAUGUGCGGUGUUGGGUGCAGUUCAUGUGGUUGUGCCGCACG